GUCAGUCUGUACAGAGGGCAGCAGUUCCCUCUGAGCCUGCGCAGAGUCCACAGCAGCUGCAGAGAGAGAACACAGGCCUGUUAGAGGAGAGAAGAAUCAAAAAUCUGCUCACUCAGACUCAGAGGCCAUGGCCAAGAACAAAGCCGUCCUGUUCAGCUUCUGGGGAGUUGCUGUUUCAUCUCGACGUGAUGUGGUUUUCAACAAGUUGGAGGAGUUGCACAACUUGCCGGGUGGUUUUCUGUCCAGUGUGGCGUCACAGAAGGACGGCGCCCUGAGCCGGGCGGAGAGAGGCGAGGUCACGCUUACCCAGAUGAUCCCAGUGUUUGAGGAGGAGUGUGUGAAGGAGGCUCAGGCCAGAGGUGUCACUCUGCCGUCUGAUUGGUCAGUCAGAGGCCUGCUGGAGAAGCUCAGAGAGGCGAUGAUGGACGUCCAGCCUGCUGUGCUGAAGACAGCUGCCCGCCUGCAUCGCAGCGGGAUACUCACAGCUGUCCUGGCCAAUCACUGGCUGGAUGACAGUGCAGCUGCAGACAGCCCAGCCUGCCUUCUCUCUCAGCUGGGAGGCCAUUUUGACCUGGUCCUGCAGUCCUGCCGCUCAGGUCACAGGGUCCCAGAACCCGCCAUGUUCAGCUCCGCCCUGCAGCACCUGGGAGUGACAUCACAACAGGCUGUGUGGCUGGAUGCAGAUGAGGAGGGUGUGAAGGCGGCAGAAGCGGCGGGGAUGGAGGCCAUCUUGGUGCAAAAUCUGGACGCCGCUCUGGACAAACUGGCUGUUUCUACUGGGGUUCAGGCCGUCACAGCAGAGAGUCCUCCACCGGCCUGCAGCCCUGACGAAGUCUCUCACGGAUUCGUCACCAUCAGGCCUGGUGUCAAGACUCAUUACGUUGAAAUGGGCUCAGGUCCACCAGUUCUGCUGUGUCAUGGUUUCCCUGAGAGCUGGUACUCCUGGAGGUACCAGAUCCCAGCACUGGCAGCAGCAGGGUUCAGGGUGUUGGCUCUGGACAUGAAGGGAUAUGGAGAGUCCACAGCGCCCCCAGACAUCGAGGAAUAUUCUCAGGAGCAGCUCUGCAAGGAUUUAAUCACGUUUCUGGACAAAAUGUCCAUACCUCGGGUCACUCUGGUGGGUCACGACUGGGGUGGUGCCCUGGUCUGGAACAUGGCUCAGUGUUUUCCCGAGAGAGUCAGGGCUGUGGCGUCUCUGAACACCCCUUGGUUCCUGGUGGAUCCUUCUGUUCCUGCUGUGGAGAAACUGAAGGCUCUUCCCAUAUUUGACUACCAGAUCUACUUCCAGAAACCAGGCGUCGCAGAGGCCGAGAUGGAGAAAAACUUGGAGAGGACGUUCAAGAUUUUCUUUUUCAGCAGCAGUGAAACAGCGAAUCGUCCUGCUCUCAGCACUGGAGGAGUCUGCGCUCGAGGAGGUCUGUUUGUGGGUCUCCCUGAGGAGAUCCCCAUGAGCUCCAUGCUGACGGAGGCCGACCUGCAGUACUACAUCAGCCAGUACAAAGAGAACGGCUUCAGGAGGCCGUUGAACUGGUAUCGAAACAUGGAGGCGAACUCAAAGUGGACGUGUUCCCAACCCUCGAGAAAGCUGCUGAUGCCAGCGCUGAUGGUGACGGCAGGUAAAGACCCGGUGCUGCUGCCGGUCCUCUCAAAGGGGAUGGAGGACGUGAUCCCGAACCUGAGCAGAGGACACAUCGAGGAGUGUGGACACUGGACUCAGAUGGACCAGCCAGAGCAGACGAACAACAUCCUGAUAUCAUGGCUUAAAGAGACACACAAGAAGACUGGAGGUGUUAGUGUGGCUCCCAAACUGUGAGGAGGAGAGGGAGGAAGGAAGGAAGGAAGGAAGGAAGGAUGAAGGAAGAUCAAGCAACAAAAAAUUAAAGAAAAGGAGGCAGGAAGUCCUGCAGAGAGUAAUCAGAGUAAAAUAAAACAAUUAGAAUUUCACAAUAAAAGUCAGAAACAGAAUUCUUUUGUGCAUAAAAUAAAAAGUAACAGAACCACA